AUGAACAUUCUCAAAUCAUCGCAAGGUUCACCUGAACGCCAUCACAAUGCGGUGGAGAAAUCCAGCGAUCUCUAUUCGAAGUGGCCCUUUCUUGAUUAUGAAGGAGUGCUGCGAACUCGCGGAAGGAUCGAAGCUGCACCGUACACUACAACAGAAGCUAAGUUUCCCGUGAUUCUUCCAAAGCGGCAUGCAGUAACUUUUCUGAUUGUUGACUGGUACCAUCGCUACUACCGUCAUGCCAAUCGUGAAACUAUCGUGAACGAGAUCCGGCAGCGCUUCGACAUCCCGACACUGAGACGACUACUGGAUAAAGUAAUGAACGAUUGUGUCUGGUGUCGAAUAGUGAAAGCUGCCCCAAAUCCACCUAUAAUGGCUCCCCUCCCUGAAGUACGUCUGACAGCUUUCAUACAACCAUUUACGUUCACCGGGUUGGAUUAUUUCGGUCCGAUACUGGUGAAAAUGAACCGAAGUAACGUUAAAAGGUGGGUAGCUCUCUUUACCUGUCUUACUACUAGAGCAAUUCACUUAGAGUCGGUGCAUUCAUUGAGUACGGAGUCGUGUAUCAUGGCUGUUCAACGAUUUGUCUCUCGUAGAGGCCUACCAAGAGAGUUCUGGACCGACAAUGCUACCUGUUUCCAGGGCACGAGUAAUAAGCUCAAGAUGAUCUCUGAAGCUACAAGGAAGGCCUUAGCGGAAAAGUUUACUACAUCCUAUACAACAUGGAAAUUCAUCCCACCUGCAGCACCACAUAUGGGGGGAGUAUGGGAGAGACUCGUACGCUCAGUGAAAGUAGCUAUUAGUACGAUCACAGAUUCUCCACGCAGACCCGAUGACGAAACACUGGAAACUGUUCUACUGGAGGCAGAGGCAAUGAUUAAUUCUAGACCUCUCACUUACGUCCCAUUGGAGUCAGCGGACCAGGAAGCCUUGACACCGAACCAUUUUUUACUGGGAAGCUCAUCGGGUAGAAAAUUUAUGCCCACAGAGGAUAUUGAUGUCUGUUCAGCCCUCCGCAGUAGCUGGAAGCUGGCGAGGUACAUCACCAACAGUUUUUGGAAUCGGUGGCUCAAGGAGUAUUUGCCGGUCAUCACGCGCAGAUGUAAAUGGUUUCAGGACGUAAAGGAUAUUGCCGUAGGAGACUUGGUGCUAGUGGUAGAUGGAAAAAUAAAGAACCAAUGGAUUAGAGGACGAAUCGAAGAAGUAUUUCCCGGACGAGAUGGUCGAGUACGACAGGCUUUAGUGCGGACGUCGACAGGAGUCAUGCGUAGAGCAGCAGUGAAGUUGGCUGUUCUGGACGUCUCAGAUAAGUGUAAACCCACCCAAGAAGUUCCAGAGUCUAAGCUAGGUUUACGGGCGGGGGUAUGUGCCGACAAGUCCCCUCGUCACGACAACACUGCCUACUGUAGUACUACGACCGACUCUGCUAUAGUGAGUGAUCGAUGA